AUGUAUACCGAGACAGAUGAAGACCCACAGACAAUAAGAUCGAAAAGCGCGAAACAAUACCACAAAAAUGCAUUGCGACAUCCCCAGCAGCGCAAAUCGAGCCAGCUCUGUCGCCUUGUGGUGAUCAUACCAGUUCUGCUAUUCUUCACAAUCGUGCUUGCAGGAUUCAUGGCCAUGAGCGAAUCACUAGCCAUGGCAAGACGAAACGCAGAAUCGCAUCUGGUGUAUUCCACUGUGAAGGGGUAUUUUCUGCAGGAUGAGGAGGAUACAGAUCCAAACCGAUUCGAUUAUGUUGCGAAUAAUUUCGGCCUCAUUGACCGACCUUAUGAUUAUGAAGGCCAGGAACAUAGAGCUGAAGCUGAUGAACGACCAACGACACAAUGGUCCCGCUUCGAGAGACAAAUCCGCACUAUGAAUGCACAAGCAGAGCCCAACGUAGUGUACAAAGUCCUCUACCUCGGCCGACAUGGCGAGGGCUUCCACAACGUCGCGCAGAGCUGGUACGGCGACGACGCCUGGGACUGCUACUGGUCUCUCCAAGAUGGCAACGAAACAUCAACCUGGUCCGACGCCCGACUGACACAAGUCGGAAGAGCGCAAGCCCAGACCGCGCACGAUGCGUGGCGGAAACAGAUUGAAACCGCAAUCCCGUUUCCGGAGAUGUUUUAUGUUAGUCCGUUGAAUCGGUGUUUGGAGACUGCAUUUAUUACGUUUGAUGGGUUGGUUGGUCGUCGGCCUUUUCGGCCAACGGUUAAAGAGCUGGUUCGAGAGACACUUGGCAUACACACCUGUGACCGCCGCUCAACUAAAACCGUGAUUCAAGACGAAUAUCCAGACUACAUAAUCGAAGAAGGCUUCACCGAGGACGACGAGCUCUGGCACGCCGAACAGCGUGAAUCAGACUCCGCGCGAAACGCACGCAUAAAGACGUUUCUCGACGACGUCUUCACGGCCAACAGCGACAAACAAUUCAUCUCCGUGACCGCGCAUUCAGGUGCCAUCACCUCUAUUCUGGAUGUCGUCGGGCACAGAGAUUUCCAGUUACAGACCGGCGGGGUUAUCCCUAUUCUCGUCAAGGCGGAGCGAGUUCGGGGGAAAGAGCCGGAGAGGGUGAUUGAGCCUCCUACGGGGGUGCCGCAGUGUAAGAGUGAUCCGUUGGCUGCUGGGGGAAAGGGGCCGAUGCAGGUUAGGGAGGUUGUUGAUCUAUAA